UUAUGGCUCAAGAAGUUUGACAUGUGAGACAGGCCAAGGAGAUGGGUGGCAAGGCGAAGCCCACAAAACACACUGCCAGAGAGCUGGCGCAGAAGGAGAAGGAUGCAACCGUGAAUCGAGGUGGCGGAUCAGCCGGAGUGAAGGAUCGCGCGGGUGGAUCAGUUGGACACUCCAAGUACAAGUGCAACAUUUGCAUGCAGUCCGCACCAGAUCCGAAGUCCAUGCAGAUGCAUUUCGAAUCCAAACAUCCAAAGGAGGACUUCAGCCUGGAGAAGUGCACAGACCAGCACGCAGUGGCUGGCGGAGUGACAACACAGGGAAUUGGCGUGAGAGGUGGCAUCAAGAAGCAUCACAAUUAGAUGCCAUUCCAAGCGCGGCACUGUGCCUGCCAUCUUUGCAAUUCUUGCACUGAUUGCGAACACGUUUCACUGACCCUCCUAAGACCUGUGAGGUUCUUCAGCAACCUGCACUGGCAGAGGAUGUCGCGACUCGCAACAAAGAUGAUCUUGUGGGUGAG